AUGGCGGACACCAGUAAACCAGACCAAGACCUGACUAGCGGAGGAGAAGACUUGCCGCCUUCUACGAAAGAAAAACCACCAGACGUUGUAAUCGAACAGGAAAAGGAAAGCAAGAAAGAUGGGAGCGCAGUAAGUACCGCUAGUGGUAAAAUUCAAUCGUUACGUAAUAACAAGAAGUCAGCCAAGACUAGACUUACGAAAGCAAAGAAUCAGUUGAGUGAUCUACUGGGAAGUAACACAGUAACAGGAACUUUGCCGAGUAAAAACGCUGUUCGGAGAGCCAUUAACAAAAUCAAAGCAGAAUUAACUCUUAUUGAAAAAAUUGUCGCCAGUCUUAAAGAAGUUUUUGCACUGAAUGAAAUUGCAGAGGCAGAUACAAUUAUUGAGUCACUUGACAAAGAGGCGGAUGAGAUAGUAGCGUCAGUUGACAAGGUUAUUGAGAAUGCUGAAAGACACGUGCAAGAAAGACUAGACAAGGGAGAGGAAGAGUCAGUUCUGCUUUCAAAUAAGUCACAGGCAAGUGAUGAUAAAGUCUCCUUAGCAUCAUCGUACGUAAAACAAAAACAGUUGGAAGCAAAACAGGCCAGUGAACGCCUUGCUCAAGUAGAAGAAGAGCAAAAACAAAAAGAGUUAGAGCUUGAAAAAAUAACUGCCGAAGUUCAGCUAGCCAAACAGUGGGCUGAAGAAGCAAGGAAGGUUGCUGCUCUGAAUAAACUGAGAGCAGAUGCAGCAGAGCGAGAGUCUGGCUUACUCAAUAAGGAUGACACUUCACUGGGCAUCUCCCUUUCCCCUGAUCUAGUUUAUGAAAAGAAUGCCUGUGGACCUGGCCAGUACCCUGGAAGACUAGUACAAAGGAGCUUACCUGUCAAGCUGAAAGGUGUCGAUCUCCCUAAGUUCUCAGGAGAAGAUAAAGCUGAUUACGAGCCUUGGAGGGCUGCCUUUAUGUCUAUUGUUGAUGGAAUGGAUAUUCCUGUUGGUGAAAAAGUGUUACUUCUUCAAAGCAGUUUGACCGGAAAGGCCCUGACAUUGGUGAAAGACCUAGGAUACUCUAUCAAUGCCUACGAAAGAGCAAAGGAAAAACUCGAAAAGAAGUAUGGAGGGGAGAGGCGUUUGCAAAUUAAACACUUGACUGCUCUGCGUGGAUGGCAAAAAGUUCGACCCCAAAAUCUAGAAGAUAUGGAGAACUUUCAGGGUAUACUGGAAAGAGUUUGGAUAGCGCUGAAAGACUGUGGUCCAGGGCAAGAACUUCAAGGGCACAAUCUGAACCUCACAGCAAAGGAAAAGCUUUCAGAGGAGGAUGUGCAGGCUUACAAGCAUUGGCUUAUCGGUCAUUCCCUAGAAGACAGCUUCGAGUCACUCAUAGAAUGGGUAAAGAUCCGAGUGCAGAUUAUGGAAGAAGCAAGGGAAGAGACGAGUGGGUUCGGGAAAAGAAAAUCUGAUGAGCCAGAAGGACGAAGAAAUGGUUUUCGAAGUGAUCGAGUUCGUGGCAGAACCUUCAACACCAAAUCGAAGUCAAGAAGCUGUAUUGUGGAGACAUGUAAGCAGAACCAUCCUCCAUGGGUUUGCAAAGCCUUCAAAGAGUUACCUGUUCCAAAGAGAAAGGAGCUGAUUGGAAGUGCCAAGCGUUGUUACCGUUGUCUAGCUGCUGGUCAUCACAGCAAGGAAUGCCCUAACAAGAGGCGAUGUGGAGUUGACGGAUGUCUCAGUGCUCAUCAUAGCAGCUAUCUUCACGAAAAUACUUCCCAUCAACCGACGGACAGAUCACAAAGCCAACUACAUGUGGGCGCCUUGCCUUUCCGACCAGACAAACAGGCAAAUCCAGAAUCUAGAACCCUACAGAAUUCAGGAGCAAGCAUGAAUGACCCGGCACCUCGAGAGCAGACACACAAUACUAGCCAUGCUGAACAUGUGUCUUUGAUGAUUCUCCCAGCUCUGAUCAGCAAUGGAAAUAAAGGACUGAGGCUAGAGUUACAUGGACAGGAGUUGAAUCUGACAAUCGCAGGAACAGGAGGAGUAGAAGUCAAGACACGUUCACGCAGGGUUGAACUUACCGUGACAAACCUAGAUGGUACCUUUUCAAGUCCGUUGCAGGCCCAUGUCCUUGACAACAUUGCCGGCGAUACUCCAGCUAUUCGCUGGUCAGAACUGAAGGAUAAGUGGCCCCACCUUCGCCAAGUGCCAUUCAAAAGUGUAUCAAGAUGGCGUCAGAUUGACAUCGUGAUUGGCAGUGAUCAUCCAGUCUUUCAUCAUGUACUGAAGGAAGCUUGUGGUGACCAACCAAAUGACCCCAUUGCGCGUUUGACAAAUUUGGGCUGGGUGUGCUUUGGUCCUACAUUGGUGGAAGAAUUCCGGCGUAACACUCAUUCCCACUUCACACGCACGUACCGCAGCAGUCAAGUCAAUAAGCCACCGCCUCCUGAUGACAUUCUGCCUGCAUUUUGGGAACUCGAAUCCCUAGGGAUCAUGGACAAGUCUGAACAACGGAUGACAGCAGAAGAGAGAGCGGCAGUCACUCAAGUAUCUGAGACACUGGAGGUCAGGAAUGGGCGAUACAAAAUAGGAAUCCCCUGGAAAGAAGGCGAACCAAAGUUCACUAACAAUUAUGAUGUAGCUAUCGUGCGACUCAAAAGCCAGGAGAAGUCCCUCAAGCGAAAAGGCCCAGAGGUCAUGGAAGUCUACAACAAGAUCUUUCAAGACUAUGAGAAAAAGGACUACAUUCGUCAAGUACCCCAAUCUGAAGUUGAAAAGCAAUGGUUUCUCCCCCACUUUCCAGUGGUCAAAGAAGACAGAGUCACGACAAAAGUGUGCGUGGUCUUUGAUGCUGCGGCAAAGCAUCAUGGAAAGAGCUUGAAUGACGCCAUAUGGCCGGGACCAAAGCUUCAAAGAGACUUGGUUGAUGUGCUGACACGUUUUCGUCGUGCACCUGUAGCCCUGUCAGCUGACAUUUCUGAGAUGUUCUUACAAGUUGAACUGCAAGAGAAAGACCGUCCAUAUCACCGUUUCCUGUGGUGUGACUUCAACACUUCAAGAGAGCCUGACGUGUAUGAGUUUCAGCGACUGUUGUUUGGAAACACUGCUUUGCCAUUUUGUUCCCAGUAUGUUCUUCAGACCUAUGCCAAGACGCACGCUUUAGACUUUCCUCAAGCAGCAAGCACCGUUGAAGACUCAAUGUAUGUGGAUGAUGUACUAGACUCCUGUGAGAUAGUUGAGAGUGCUCAACACCUGCGACGCCAGCUGUCUACCCUUUUGGCCAUGGCAGGCUUCAAGUUAAGGUAG